GGAGUUGAAGUGGAACGUGGAGUCAUGGGGAGUGAAGGGGACGUGGAGCAACGAGGAUGUGGGAUAUGGAGUGGUGGGGACAUGGGGUAAUGGGAUACAGGACACGAAGGGGACGUGGUGCUCAGAGCUGAAGCAGGGGGGCUCUCUGCAGUGCCCACCCUGUGUCCUGUGCCUGUCCUUGCACCCACAGUGCUCGUACACCUUGGGCAUCUGUUCACCCCUGUUGCCACCGUGCUCCUGUUUCUCUUUGCCAUUCCUUGAGGAAUUCUGUUGGUUCUGGCCCGCUGGAGGCUGUUUUGGGCAAGUGGUCCCAGUGCUGAUGUGGGGAUGUAGUGGGGUGUCUCCAAACUUACCUCCCUGCCCCUGCUGGGAUUGGGGUGAGGAUGGCCUAGGGAUGUUACAGGACAGAAUGGGAACAGCCAGGAGGGGUACAGGGACAAUAAGGACCAAGAGGAUGGGGACAUCAAAAGGGGUUGGGACAGAAUGGGGACAGGGAGAGUGAGGAUGUGGAUGAUGGGGACAGGAUGGGAUGGGGAUGCAGAGAAUUGGGACAGACAGGAGAGAGACAACCAGGAUGGGGAUAAGGAUGAUAAGGAGCAACAGGAUGGGAACAGGAAGGAUGGGGACAGGAUGGGAUGGGGACAGGGUAGGAUUAUUAGAGGAAAGAAUGGGGAUAGAUAGGAGGGAGACAGGGUGGGACAGGAUGAGAUGGGAACAGAACAGGCUGGGGAGAAGACUGGAUGGGAACAGGACAGAUGUUGUGGAUGAUGGAUGGAAAUGCACAGGACUGGAACAACCAGGAUGGGGACAAGAAGGGAUAGGGACAGAAUGGCAUGAUUAUAGGACAGAAUGAGAAUGGGCAGGAUGGGAAAAGGAUGGAAAGGGGGCAGGUUGGGAUGAGGACAGGAUGGAGUGGGGACUUCCAGGAGCGGGGACAGGAGGAUGGAGACAGCCAGGAUGGGUGUAGGGAUGACAGGGAGCUGCAGAAUGGAGACAGGAUGGGAUGGGGACUGUCAGAAGGGGCAGGGACAGAUUUGGGACAGGGAGCAGAAUGGGAUGCUUAGAGGACAGAAUGGGAACAGCCAGGAGGAGGACAGCCAGGAUGGGAGCGGGAUGGGAUGGCGACCAUCAGGAGGGGUUGGAGACAGGAUGGGAGUAAAAUGAGAUGGGAAUGAGGAAGGAUUAUUACAGGACAGAACAAGGGCUUGCAGGAGGGGAACGGGAGGAUGGAGACAGGCAGGACAGGGACAGGACUGGAAAUGUUGCAGGACAGUGUGAGGAUGGCUGGGAUGGGGACAGGGAGGAUGAGGAUGGGAUGGGAUUGAUGGGAACAAGGAGGAUGGGGACAGGAUGGGAGGGGGACAGAGAGGGAUGGGACGAAGAGGAGGUGACAGCACAGCUCACUGCAGCACGGGGACAGCCAGGAGGGGCCGCCAAAUCCCCACCACCACCACCACCACCACCCUGCAACCCCCCUCAUCCCCAUCCCAUCCUUCCGCUCCCUUCCUUUCUUUCUCCCUCCCUCCAUCCCUCCCUACCAUUGCGGCCUCCGGGAGGGGGAUGCGAGCCGUGGGGGUGCUGGGGCUGGGGGCCCUGCUGGCCUGGCUGCCCCCUGCCCACACCGACACUUUCUCAGCUCUGCGCAGCGUCCGUCAGGCGCGGGGCAAUGAGGGGCGGCUGCUGCGGAGGCUCCGUGCGUAUCUCCGCGAGGAGAGCGCCCGGCUCCGCCGCCUGAGCAGGUUCUAUGAGAAGGUGCGGGCACUGCACCAGGACCCCGGCGCCUCGGUGGACAACCCUUUGUCGGCCUUCAGCCUCAUCAAGCGCCUGAGCUCCGACUGGCCCAGCGUCGUCUACAGCAGCGAGGCCACUGAAAACAGCCGUGCUCUCCACGUCGGAUUCCAGGAGUUGCAGAGGGAGCUGCCCGGAGCUGAGGACCUGGACGGGGCGGCGCGGGCGCUGAUGCGGCUGCAGGACGUCUACGCGCUCAGCGUCAAGGGCAUGGCCAACGGCCUCUUCCAGCCCACCAGCACUGACCGCCCUCCCCUCUACAGCCCUGGUCGGCGCGUCUCACUCUCGGCCGAUGACUGCUUCCACGUGGGCAAGGUGGCCUAUGACACAGGUGACUUCUACCACUCCAUCAUGUGGCUGGAAGAGGCCGUCAGCCGCUUUCGCCUCUCCUACGGCAGCUGGAACCCAGAGGAGGAGCGGGGCAGCCUGGAGGAUGCGCUGGACUACCUGGCUUUCUCCUACUUCAUGGCUGGAAACAUCUCCCAUGCGUUGACUCUCUCCAGGGAGUUUCUCCACUAUGAUCCCAGCAACCAGAGGGUAACAACGAACGUGGCCAAGUAUGAGAAGCUGCUGGCAACACAUGGGGACCGUGUGGGGAGACCCCUGCAGCGCCCCAACGUCACCCAGCUGCAGAACCGGGACGCCUACGAGGAGCUGUGCCAGGGCCUGGGGGCACAGAUGGCCCCGGAGCAGCCCUCACACCUUGGCUGCUCCUACGAGACCAACGGCAGCCCCUACCUCCUGCUGCAGCCUGCCAAGAAGGAAACGCUGCGGCUCCAGCCCUACAUUGUGCUGUACCACGACUUCGUCAGCGAUGCCGAGGCUGAGACCAUUAAGGGACUGGCAGGGCCUUGGCUGCAGAGAUCCGUGGUCGCCUCUGGAGAGAAGCAGCAGAAAGUGGAGUAUCGGAUAAGCAAGAGUGCCUGGCUGAAGGACACAGCUGACCCAGUGGUGCGGGCACUGGAGCUGCGCAUGGCGGCCAUCACGGGCCUGGACCUGCGGCCACCCUACGCUGAGUACCUGCAGGUGGUCAACUAUGGUCUGGGCGGCCACUACGAGCCCCACUUCGACCACGCCACGUCCAGGAAGAGCCCCCUUUACAGAAUGAAGUCAGGCAACAGGAUCGCCACGGUCAUGAUCUACCUGAGUGCAGUAGAGGCAGGUGGCUCCACUGCCUUCAUCUAUGCCAACUUCAGCGUGCCAGUGGUUAAGAACGCAGCCCUGUUCUGGUGGAACCUGCGAAGGAAUGGUGACGGUGACGGGGACACCCUACACGCUGGAUGCCCCGUGCUGGCUGGGGACAAAUGGGUGGCAAACAAGUGGAUCCAUGAGUAUGGGCAGGAGUUUCGGCGGCCGUGCAGCCGGGAUCCCCGGGACUGAGCCACCAGCUGGGCUCAAGGAUGCAGCUCCUGACCUGGCUGCUGUCGUUGUCACCACGGCAGUGAAAAGCCUCCCCAGCACAGCGCAGCUCCACUGGGGUUCAUCCAUGAGGAGAAGAGGGUGCUGCAGGGGGAGGAGGUGCUUUGUUGAGCUGUGGCUUCCCUCUGGGAAAUCUGUUGAAAAUAAAAUCGAAGGAGACUCAA